ACCGCAUCUGCCACAAGCCUACUUAAGAGCAGGUCUAACAGACCCCGUAAAAGGGGCAAACCCGUAUAAUAACCGCCGAUUUGAGGGUUUCGCGUCUAUCCGGCCGUCUAGCACGCCCCGUAAAAACGUCCCCCGCAUCGUUUUUUGCUGUUUUGGACUACGGGGCGGGUCGUCGCCCUCUACUUGUGCGGGGUGGGAGCGGGGAUAGUGGGCGAAACCACUAUCCCAAUUCCGAAAGCGCGCGCGGACAUUUCAGUUGUCCCCAUCCAUUUCCCCCCGCGCGCCGCCGCAGCCACCCGCGCGCCGCCGCCGGGAUCCGUCAGAUCCGCGCCCCUCCGCCGUCCGCCGAGCCGCGCCGACCUGCGUCGACGCCCGCCGCACCUCCGCCGCACCCCCGCCGAAGUUCCGCGUCCCUCCGCGCGCGUCGCCGCCGUCCAGCCGUGGUCUUCUCCGCCGUUUGUCGCCGAUGGCUUCGGAGGAUGUGCACAUGGCGGAUUUGGAGGCGACGUCGACCGAUUGGUCGUCGUCGGAUUCCGAUGAUUCCGACAUCGACGAGUUGCUCAACGACGACGAGACGGAGAUGAUGGUGCUCCUGUUCGGCUUGAAGCAAACGGAGGACCGCAUGAAGCUGCUGGAUCCGCGGAAAGGAUCCGUGAUGGGGCGUAUGUGCAUUCCGCGGAACCGCGCGCUCGGCCACGAACAGCUGAUGCAAGAUUAUUUCGCCGAGGUACCGACCUAUCCUCCCCGCCUCUUCCGUAGACGGUACCGAAUGCGUAGGUCUUUGUUCGAGAGAAUCGUCAAAAAUUGCGAGGCAAAUUGCGAUUAUUUCAAGCAAAGAAGAAAUACUGCCCAAGUCAUGGGAUUUAGCCCAUAUCAAAAAAAUUCUGCCGCCAUGAGGGUUAUUGCAUACGGUAUACCAGCAGAUUAUACCGACGAGUACCUUCGCAUAGGUGUGCAAACAACCACGGAUUGCGUGCGUAUGUUUGCCAAGAUGGUGAUCAAGUUGUAUGGAGAGAAGUAUCUCCGAGCUCCAAAUGAGGAUGAUACAAAAAGGCUCAUGGAGAUCAAUGAAAAGAGGGGGUGGCCGGGGAUGCUUGGUAGUUUGGAUUGCAUGCAUUGGACAUGGAAAAAUUAUCCAAAAGCAUGGCAUGGAAUGUAUUGUGGCAAAAGCCGUGAUGCUACCAUUGUUCUUGAAGCUGUGGCCUCUCAAGACUUAUGGAUUUGGCAUGCUUUUUUUGGAUUGCCGGGGACACUCAACGACAUCAACAUCUUGAAUAGAUCCCCUUUGUUUGCAAGACUAGUUAAGGGUGAAGCUCCACCUUGUAACUACAAAGUUAUGAACAAUGAGUACACCAUGGGAUACUAUCUCACAGAUGGUAUUUACCCUAACUAUGCAACCCUUGUCAAGUCCAUAAAAGAGAAAAAGGACAGGGCUUUGACAAGAAAGGAAGCUUGCUUCACCAAAAAAUCAAGAGGCAUGCCGCAAAGAUAUUGAGAGAGCUUUUGGUGUCUUGCAAGCAAGGUUUGCAAUUGUUCGGGGUCCUGCUAGGUUUUGGGACAAGGAAACUCUUGUUGAUGUCAUGACAUGUUGUGUCAUUCUUCACAACAUGAUCAUUGAAGAUGAAAGAGGUUUGAACUUGCCAUGUUUCUAUGACAAUGUUGGCACCCGAGUGCAGCCCGAGAGGAACCCUGAUCGGAUUGAAGCUUUUCUUGCAGCUCAUCGAGGCAUUGAAAAUGCCGAGACUCAUCACCAGCUCACCCAAGAUCUAAUUGAUCACCAUUGGCAGUUGCAUGGCCAAUGAGUUUUUACAUUCAUUUCCCAUUGUUGUAUGUGUGAAACAUUCAUUUCCUAUUCUUGUAUGUGUGAAACAAUUGUUAUUUGUUUAAUUCUUCCAUUAGAACAUUUAUUGUAAUAAUUAUGACGAUUAUUGUGUGAUGUAAAACAUUUAUUUUAUGUGA